UGAAAGGAAAGGGGUUUGUGUUGUGAAACUGAAAGUGGAAGAAGAAUUUUCAAUAUUUCCGUGCCAUUACACGUAAACCCACCCGCACUUCCAACACCAACUCCAUCUCCAUCGCACACACACUUUCUCUGUUUCUUCUUCUUCUUCACCAUCUAACUUAAUUUCACUUUCAAUCCUCAAUCCCAAGGGCAAAGAAAUUAUAUAUAUGUUUAUGUUUAUGAAGGUGAAAAUAUGCGUGCAAUUCCAAUAGUUAUUAUAGGUUGCUGGAGAUAAGGCACGAUGGGCGGUUGUUGCUGUUGUGCUUCCAAAGAGACUGUAUUGAGCGCUGCACCUGCUUACUAUUAUCAGUACCCAAGAGCAUCAGAGGAGCAUGUUCCACUAUCUUCUCAACCGGGUGCUCCCUCUGGUGGAAGGCUCUUGGUUGAUACUAAUCUAGAUACUUCGAGUCCUGAUACUUAUAGACCACCUCCUGCUCCUCUCCCUUUCAAUUUAACAUCAGGAGCCACUCAGACUGCACCUGUGACUCAAGAGAUUUCCCGUGACAAGAACAACACAUCCUCGCUUUCUACAAAUUCUAAUUCAGUUCAAGAACCAUCUGGAGACAAUCACGGAACCUCACCUAAGUCGGAAGAACCGAAGGAAUCAGAAUGCAAAGGUCAGACUGAUAUAGAACAGGACACAGCAAAGGAUUCUGAAAUUGAACUUUCAAAGUUGGGAGAACCUAUAAAUUUAGUAGAAGAGGAUACAUGCCCGAUAUGUUUAGAAGAAUAUGAUGCUGAAAAUCCAAAACUCACUACUCAAUGUGGCCAUGACUUUCACCUUGCUUGCAUUCUGGAGUGGAUGGAAAGAAGUGAAACUUGCCCUGUUUGUGAUCAGGUUACGGUUUUCAGCACUCCCAUUGAAUAGUACAUAUCAUUGAUAUUAACAAGAGAGCUUAAAUAUACUGUGUGAUAGUUUUUUAGGCCAGGUUACAAAUUUUGUCUUUUACAACUAUUCUGGAAAACUGAGCAUAUGGCUGUUUCGAUUGUUUGGUUUUCUGCAUUUUACUGGGGUUUAUUCCAUUUUCCAUGCAGAUCUAGAGUCUCUUGUGUUGGUUUCAGGAAAUUAAAUGAGUAGAAUUUUCACACUGUAUAGUUUUUCGAUUGCUUAAACUGCUUAAACUGAUAUACAUAAGAUACAUUGCAUAUA